AUGAAAAAGUGGAUUCUAUUUUAUUUUUUUAUCACUGUCUCUUUGGUCUCAAUACAAUGUUUAAAUGAUGAAGACGAUGGACAAUAUCAUCCAGAUGACGAAGGAAGGUAUAUACAUGAUGAUUCUGGUAGAUAUAUUCCAGACUACAGCGGUUUAUAUCACGACGACGGUACCGGAAGAUACGCCCAUAUUGAUAGUGAGUAUAAUUAUCUGCUUUCCAUUUCGGAUAGAAGAUUUUAUACACAUCAACGAGAUAGACAGUAUCCUUACAAAUCCGUAAAUUCGCUCAAGUCGUUCAAUAAUUUUCAAAGUAGAGGAAAAAUCGCUUCAGACAGUUUUAUCAAAAACAAAUUAGUCCAACCAACGAUCAGUGUGGUAACUGAAACACCUGCCAAAUACAGAAAAUAUGAUGAUAACAGAUGGAAAAUUAUCAGAUUGGCUAGCGAUGUUAACUCCGAUGGUUUUCAUUGGGAAUAUGAAACCGAAAACGAAAUAAGUGGCGAGGAAAAUGCCAAGAUUCAUAAUAGCGGCACCAAGGACGAGACAAUAAGCACCAAAGGUUUCUACCAAUACACUGGUACAGACAAUAAAGUAUAUAAUGUAGAAUACACAGCAGACGAAAAUGGUUUUAUCCCGAGAGGAAGUCAUCUACAUCCAAUUUUACAAAAAGCUAUAUUAGAAAAUUUAAAUAGGAAAGAUAUUUAGUCCCCUAACAUUUACAAAUGUAUUUUUAUAUAAAA